AUGGUGGCAGCGGCGGAGAGAGCUUAUUACAGGUUCCUAGUGCUUUUCUUCAACUGCCUCUUGACUUUUGGCUCUUACUUCUGCUUUGAUAUUCCCAGUGUCCUGCAGGAGCAGUUUCAAGGGAACCUAACCUGCCCCAAUGGAACCCAGCAUAAUGGCACUGGACAUAAUGGCACAUUGGCCUGUGUGGAAGGUCUGGGGAUGACGCCUGCACAGUACAACCUGCUGUAUGCAAUCUAUGCUUGGACGAAUGCGCUGGUGGUGAUUCUGGCUGGAUUCCUGAUUGAUAAACUGGGAAAUCACUUUGGUGUCUUUCUUUUCUCUUUCCUGACUGUCUUGGGAUCGUCCAUCUUCGCUCUGGGCUCUCACUUCAAGGGAACUCCGUACCUUCUGCCGCUGAUGCUGACAGGACGGUUGCUGUUUGGAUCUGGGAAUGGGUCACUUACCAAUAUCCAAGAGUCUUUGACUCUGAUCCCAUCUGGCCCACCGAGCAUGAAUUGGGAAAUUGCCCCAGUUGUGCAGAAUCACAUCACUGCCUUCUGGUUCAAGGGGAAGGAACUGGCCUUGGCAUUUGGACUGACCCUCUCCUUCUCCCGGCUUGGGAGUGUCCUCAACUUCUUCUUCACCCAGCAGUUUGAGACCCACUUUGGUAUCCAGUGGACACUCUGGGGAGGUACCCUGCUCUGUAUGUUGGGUUUUAUUUCAGCCAUCACAGUCAGCGUGCUGGACAAAGUGGGCAUGAAGCAGCUUGGCUUGGAUGGGGUUAUCCAGCAAGAGUCCAAGAAAGUGCGAGUUCAGGAUGUCCGGCGACUGCCACUUUGCUACUGGCUCCUAGUCCUAACCAUCAUGUUCUUCUACAACGGGGUCUUCCCUUUUGUGGCAGAUGCCAGCAAGUUUAUCCAGGAUAAGUACUCUGGCUACAGUCAGCAGGCAGCCGCUUACAUUGCUGGGGCGGUAUACGACAGCUCCCUUGUUCUCUCUGCAGCAGUUGGCAUAUUAAUCGACUAUGUAGGACUGAGAGGUGUGUUUGCAGUUGGUUGUGCUGUGCUGACUCUGCCAGUCUUUGCUCUCCUGGCAUUUACAUUUGUUCCUCCGCUUGUCUCUACCAUCUGGCUGGGGAUCACUUACUCCUUUGCUGCUGCGAGUCUGUGGCCAUCCAUACCCCUUGUGGUUCCCCAGGCAACGUUAGGUACAGCUAUGGGGCUUGCAACCUCUGUGCAGAUGAUUGGAAUUGGCCUCUCCAAUCUGAUCGUUGGACACAUUCUGGGAACCAAGUCCAGUGAACUAAAGAUCCCACUAUGGCGCUGGCAACAGAUGAUGAUCUUCAUGCUGGCAAACACCAUUGCAUGCAUUACUGCCUCUGUUAGCCUCAACGUGGUGGACAAGCAGCAGGGUGGGACACUGAACAGAGCAACAAAGCGAUCAUCUGCAGAACAGGUCAGACAGCCUGUAGACACAGCACCGCUCCUGGAUGAAGUGGGAAAUGAAGGGUUCAUCAACUAA